AGAACCAGGAAGUAACUCCUCAUUUCAGAGAAAACAAACCGUUCUCUUGCUCUCUCGUUGUGAGUUCAGGAAAAUGGCUGAGGCCAGUAUUUCAGUAGAUCAGCUUUCUGUGGACCAGUUCAUGUGUCCAGUGUGUCUGGAUCUCUUGAAGGAUCCAGUGGCUAUCCCCUGUGGUCACAGUUUCUGUAAGGCGUGUAUUAAUGGCUGCUGGGAUCAGGAGGAUCAGAAGGGCGUCUACAGCUGUCCUCAGUGCAGAGAUACUUUCACGACAAGGCCUGUUCUACGCAGAAACAACAUGCUGGAUGAAGUGGUGGAGAAACUGAAGAAGACUGAAGUCCAAGCUGCUUCUCCUGCUCACUGUUAUGCUGGACCUGGAGAUGUGGAGUGUGAUUUCUGCACUGGGAGAAAACACAAAGCCGUCAAGUCCUGUCUGAUGUGUUUGGCUUCUUAUUGUGAAACUCAUCUGAAACCUCACUAUGAAGUUUCUUCAUGGAAAAAACACACAUUAAUUGAAGCCUCAGCAAAACUCCAAGAGAAGAUCUGCUCUGAACAUCAUGAAGUGCUGAGAAUCUACUGUCGUACUGAUCAAAUAUAUAUUUGCUCUUUGUGCAUGUUGGAGAAACAUAAAGACCAUGACGCUGUUUCAGUUGCAGCAGAAAGAGCUGAGAAACAGGUGAGAACUAGAAAUCUUUCCAGAAUUAAAUCAUCUUAAUUAUAGUUUCCCAUCUAGAAACAGGUGCUUUAGUCAGUGAUAUGAUUUGAACUUUAAUUUCAAU